AACGCUUACACUGUUACACGUCUCCAUCGGUACCCUACUAACUCGAUUCGUAAGAUGGCACCACUUCGUUGACUGUCUUUAGGCAAAGAGCACUCCAACGGAUUGAAUUUUCUCUGUACCACACGGAAGUCAAACAAUGACAGGACGCUGCAAUGCAAUGGGUCACCGAGCAGCCCAGCCCCCAAACGCGAUCGAAUUGAAUCCAGGCCAACGACCUCCCGAUCGAUCUACAAGACCACGUUCCGAUGGGACAGGGAUUCUCAUAGUUGCCAACGAAGCCACGGGAACCCGAACAUCCCAUCGUCCCGGCGACCUCGGCGAGCCGGCGUGAGACGGGAAGGAAUCCCAGGCGAUGGCGGUGCCCGGAGGGGAGGGGGAGGGGCGGCCGGUGGUGCUGGUGACGGGGUGCUCGGAGGGUGGCAUCGGGCACGCGAUGGCGCGUGCAUUCGCGGAGGCGGGGUGCGCGGUCGUGGCCACCGCCCGGUCGCGCUCGUCCAUGCGCGGGCUGGAGGGGGACCCGCGGUUCCUGCUGCUGGAGCUCGACGUGCGCUCCGACGAGAGCGCCCGCCGCGCCGUUGGGGACGCCCUGCGGGAGCUCGGCCGCGUCGACGUGCUCGUCAACAACGCGGGGGUCCACCUCGUCGCGCCGCUCGCCGAGGUGCCCAUGGAGUCCUUCAACCAGGUUUUCGACACCAAUGUCUAUGGAGCAAUGAGGAUGACUCAAGCUGUUAUACCCCACAUGAUGGAAAGACGAGAAGGUACAAUUGUGAAUGUUGGAAGCAUUACAGCCUUGGCUCCAGGACCAUGGGCUGGUGCUUAUUCAGCAUCAAAAGCUGCUAUUCAUGCAUUGAGCGAUACAUUAAGGGUGGAACUAAGAAAUUUUGGCAUAAAUGUCAUGAUCAUUGCCCCAGGAGGUACAAAGUCAAAUAUAGGAAGCAACUCAGCAAACAAGUAUGAUCAAAUAAAUGACUGGAGGUACUACAAAAAAUACGAGAAAUCACUCCGAGCCAGGACUGACAUAUCCCAGAGUGCGGGCUGUGUUCCAGCAGAAGACCUUGCACAGAGAGUUGUAAAAUUAGUUCUUAAGAAAAACCCUCCAGCUUGGUUUGCUUAUGGCCAGUUCACUGCUAUCCUGACAAUAUUGUAUUAUGCCCCAUUAUGGUUCAGAGAUUACUUCUACAAGAAGGUCAUGAAAAUGUGAUAGUUGCUUGGACCAAGAGAUUACUGUUCGGGUCCCAAAAUUAUCGAUGCUACUACCAGUCGUUCAGACUGUCAACACGGAUAUAUUUCAGAAUAUAUGAGUCCGUAUACUUUUUCGACAACAUGCAAAUUGCUGCAUGUAUAUAUAUGCACUACAGCAUGAGUACAGAUACUUCCCUUCCAUAUCAUUUCAAGUGUAACGUCCUCUUGGUUUCUAUGUAGUGGUUUUGGACUUGUGGUAAUGUGAUAUUGCAGAUACUUGGGAUGACAAUAUCUGCAACAUAUUCUUCUGUUCUUUACA